AUGAGAGUUUUAUCGGUACUCUUUGGAGUCUUCUUCCUCCGGUUCUGCAGGGGUGGUCCUCCAGCUGGACCGAAUAAUUUCAGAUCUUCUGCUACAGGGUCAAGAGUAUCGACUCCGCCUAAUGGUAGACCUCAUGUAGUUUCAUCUCAGGUCUCUAUUGGCUCAGAUGUUGCAAGAAUUACUGGAGGAGGGCCAGUAUCUGGUCCACAACCUACGAAACUCGAUAAAAAACCACAGGCAAUAGCACGAGGAACUCCCACCUGUCGACAAACUCCACAGGCCAAAGGCACUGGCAAUACCCAGGAUUCUAAACUAUUGCAAACUUCGGUACCAGAUUCGUUCAACACCCAAAGAACUAAUAUCAUGAGUGAUGUUGAAAAACUUAUGGGAACAAGUACGACCAAUCCUGAUCGAAAACCAGCUGCUAAGGUUGAAGUAAAGCGUGAUACAGCAUCAUCGGUUGGACCGGGGUCUAUUCCCCGAGGAACAAAUUACUCUGAUAUAGGAACCAGGUCACUGGAUAGAACGUCCUUGGUUUCAUCUGGACCUUCACAUGAUCCACUAACAAUGGCAAGACCUCUACAAGUUGGAAAUGUUCCAUCACAGGCACUUGCUGGGGGUAGCAUUAGGCCUUCUUCAACUAUUCUAAAGGAUCAACUAAGUCCACCCUCACUAAAGGAUACAGAGAAGGGUGUGAAGAUUCCUAUGAGAGACCAGAGGGUAGCUACGAGUACUACAGCUACUACCCAGACUCUCUCUUCACCUACUCUAGGGAGCUCUACACUAACUCAAGGAAUUGGAUCUCUAGGUGCUCAGAAUACACCUACUACUCCAAGAGAAUCUUUGGGGACAUCUGUACUGCAAUCUCAACUUUCUAGGCCAGAACCACCUCAAGAAAAGACUCCUCUCCCAGGAGUAAAGCCUGCUGUUACACAAACUCCACAAACUAAGGCUAUGCUAGAUGGAAUCAAUAAGGAUGUCGAUAAGAUGCUUGGACAAAUUCCUCAAGCAACAAAGCCUCCAUUGACAACACCAUCGGCAUCUCUUGGAGUUCUCAAUUCAAACUCUCCUAGUAUACCCGUCACAGUUCCUGCUAGUCUAUCUGGUAGUACAUCUCUUGGAGCUACUACUUCAUUGGGGCUUUCUCCCUCCGUUACUCGUAAUAAAGCCACUAUUGGAGGGAGUACUUCUCAGACUAAUGCUUCUGGAGGAUCAAACCCAGUUACUAGUACUCAAGAUGGAGGAUCUGGUCCAGUAGCUCCUAAACCUGCUUCAUCAGGUCCUUCUCUUGGAUCUCAGUCUUCUGCUAUAGGUUUAACGAGUACUACAAAGGAUACUAAAUCCUCCCUUGGUCAGGGAGCUCCAACUACACCUGAAACUGGACUCCAGGGUUCUCAAUUAUCUUCACAAUUGGGUAACAGUGGAACAAAAGUGUUGUCAGCUCAGGGAACUUUACCUACUUCUAACGUUCAAAAGUCUGCAGUUGUACAAACACCUUUGCCAAGUCAACCAGGACUACUCUCUCAUCAGAAUACUGGGGACAAUGGACUCCCGGGUGGACAAUUAAAUCUUCAGACACUCCCUAAACCGGUAGGUACUCCAUCAGGAGUAGAUUCUGCAGGAAGUCUGGAUAGGACUAAGUUGGGUGCUAGCUCUGACACUAAGGUUUUAACUCAACAAGGUAGUCGGCAAGCAACAGGAGCUCCUGCUCUUCCUAAAGCUGCGCAACCUAAUACUCCUGGAGGACCUCAAGCUCCAGUUCAGACAGAAGCAAAGAAUCAUCCUGUAACUCAGCAGCCACCUGGUAACCCUGUUCAGGAAGCACCAAAACAGGCGGCUCCACAAGGCUUAGUUGCUCAAGCAGUUCCCCAACAAAGUACUACUAAACCUGGUACACAAGGAGCUGUGCAACCUAAACCUCAGCAAUCAGCGAAACCAGAGACAACUCAUACAGUUCAGCAAAGAGCUGGUUCUCAAUUAGGGAAUCUACAGCAGAAAACUCAAGUUACUGGUGUGGUUGUUACUCAGAUGUCUCAAAAAAAUCUCACUCCUCAGCCCUCAGGUGGCCAAAAUCAGGAUAUUAGGAAAACAACCCUAUCUUUAACUUCUCAGGGAACUAAAUCUCCUGCUACUCCAUCCCAAGCUCCACAGCCAAAGGUUGCAGUUCCUCCACCACCAAAAAGGAUGAACGCAUAUGACAUCCUUAGAUCUAUUGAUUUAUCAAAGGCUAACAAAAUCUCUUUCGAUACAGAAACAUUGAUAGAAGGUGGAAUUCCUACUCUAAAACUAACUUUAAAACGGUGCGCCAAGGCAAAUCCUUUCACAUUUGAUGGUAAAAAUAUAUGGAAAGGUCAGGAUGUUGAAGACACGUGUUCCUCGGCAACCAUUACCUUUGGAUCUGAUGGGCCAGUUACUGCUACAUUUGUUUGCAAACUCAAAAGUGGAAGUGAGUUUACUAGUUACCGCAAGUUCAAUAAUGAUGAAUGGGUGAGAGUUGACAGAGCUGAAGUCGACAAAAUUCAUGUGGAACUCAAAAAUGAGCUUGAAAAGUUGAAAUCUAAGCCUAUAGCAGAGACUCAGACUACCAGUCCGCAAAAGGCUGGCGCUGCUCAAGCUGUUGGCGAACCUGAACAAGUGGAGUACAAUCCCUCAGCUGAUGGCGUUCUCAACUUGUCCAAGGACCUUAUAGGUGAUAUUGUAUCAUUGCAAAGAGGUGAAUUUAAUGCUGUAAGGUCAAGAAGAUAUAUUCUGGCUAGGGAAGAUUUCAAGGUUACUUCCCUUGUGGAUGGUAGUGAGACCUUAUGGACUGCUGGAGAUGGUCAAAUCUUCAAGAAUUGCACCUUUCACACUCCGCAGAGUCACACACCUCUAUUUGUCGUGACAUUUAAUAACGGCAAUGCUGAUGUUAAUAAACGUUUUGUUAGACGUGGUAACAAAUGGGAACCUAUAGCAGAAACCGAAUUCAAUGAUAGGUUCAACAAGAUGAAAUCUGGCAAAUCUGAAGCUUCUUUUGCUGCAGUUGGUAUGGUGGAAUUGAAUCUUCAAAAACUUGAUCUAGCUACUUUUGAGUUCUUUGACUAUUACUACGACGGUGUUCAUACCAAACUUAUUUCGGCUGGUAAUGCUACCGUUACCAAGUUGCUAAAUGGGCAAGAGACUAUAUGGACUCCAUCUGGAGAAACAUUUGAUCAUGCUAAAGUAUACUAUAAAAAGGAUAGGAGUGCGGGAUUAUGCUCUGUUGCAAGCACUGGUAGUGGUGUAGUACAUUUAAAAAAUUUUGAACGUUUAAAUGGGAAGUGGGUAGAGUUUGAAGGGAAUUUAGAUAAAAAACUGGAUGGAAUGAGGAAUAUAAAGGAACCCGAUGAUACUGUCACUAUUAAUUUUGCUGACCCUUAUGAGAAUGAUGACAAAGUUACAGUAUUUAAGUUGAAAUUACUUGGGGUGGAAACAUUACUCUUCCAUCCAAAACAAGGGUUUGGUAUCGACGAGAUCAAACUGGGAGAAACAGCCAUAUGGCAAGGCUUUGCUAGUCAAAUAUGUUUUGUUUGUUCCCUUCAUUAUGUAUCUAAUGAACCGGGCCUUUUUUCCUUUACAAUUAGGAACAAGGAUAAGAUUAGCUAUAAAUACUAUGCAAACAAGGGUAACGAAUGGAAGAGUAUUGAGCAGGAUGAAUACUUGAGAAAGUUAGAUGUGCAGCAGUACAAGGGCAAAGAAGCCCCUCAAGGCAACGUACGUCUUGCAAACAAAGUUGGUGCUAAAUCUAAUGCAAAACGCUAGAAUCCUUCCAGAUGAUAUCCUACAAUGCAGUCAGAAGAUAUUAACUCCCUUCAAAUAUACGCUUUAAUAGUUUUAAGAAUUGGUGUUUACGAACCGCUAGAAUUCUUGUUAGGAAUUUUACUCACCAACCUAUCAGCGAAUGCACUAAAUAAUCCUACCUUUUACGAGCUCAUCCUCGGAGUCUUACAGACGGAAAAUUUGAGGCAAGUAGCCUCUAUUAUGUUUUAAGUGCCAACCAUCGACUACAGACAAAGUAGUUGCAGAUUACACAUCAUCUAUAGGCUACAAUUAUAAGGAAAAUGUCUUGACAAAUGAGACGGAAUUCACGGUAUGUUUUCUCGUUACUCAUACACUGGCCUUAGUGCAUACACGAGUUGGCGUCCAUCAUGCUAGAGUGUGUUCAUUCCUAUUCUAGAGGCGGUUUUUCUGGCCUCGUUGCAAAUUCUGUGCGUUUGAACGCUUCAGAAUAUCUCAGCAAAAUGAAAUCUCUGGCCGGUAUUUAACUAGGAAUGACCUACUAAUCGCAUUUUGUCUCCUUGGUUAUCAAGUUGCUCAUUCACGUUGCAACGUUUGGUACAAGGACCGCCUCUACAUUCACUCGGGUGGUUUUAAUUUGUUCACUUUGUAUUAUGCAUCUUUAUUCAUCGCUGCAGUCUGAGGUUCUCCAGAGAAGGGAUGCCCCUUCAGCCGGCUGACGCGGCCAGCCCAUAAUAGCGUAAAUGACUGGGAUUGUGAUCAUAAAUGAAUGGAAAUGCCAUGUAAAUGUGUAAAGUUACCAUUUUGGUGAGAAAAGAGGACCAUACAGCAAAAGGUCUCGCCGGGACUCGAACCCGGGUUAGUGGAUUCAAAGUCCACGG